AUGGAGUUGCUUUCUGGGACCAGAGAGAACCUUUCUGAAGAGAGCCCUUCUCCCACUGGACGAUCCCCUGAGACGCCCGGGGCUGUGCUUGGAGUCAUAACUCUCCUGUUUGUAGACUGCACAACCAUGGAGAUGAGGACAUUCAUCAGACAGAGGUGGCCCCUGGCUUCUGGAAGAGGUGGCUUUGGGAUGAGGGUGUUCACCGAGGGACACUUGGCAAUGUCUAGAGACAUCUUGGUGAUCAUGACUGGGGGAGGGGUCCAUGCCACGGGCACCCAGGAGGUAGAGGUCAGCGUUGCUGCCAAUCGUCCUACAAUGGACAGGGAAGCUUCCAGCCUUUCACCUCCAGCAAAGAACUAUCUGGUCCGAAAUGGAGUGAGCUGUGUCUUUCUACCCAAAGCACUUAAGGCUGUUGAGCCCAUGUUUGAAGAUGGCAGCCUCCUCUUCUUCAUUCCUUUGUUCAUCAUCUACAUCUUCAUUGUGAUUGGAAAUCUCAUUGUAUUUUUUGCAGUCAGGAUGGACACCCGUCUCCACAACCCCAUGUACAAUUUCAUCAGCAUCUUCUCCUUCCUGGAGAUCUGGUACACGACAGCCACCAUCCCCAAGAUGCUCUCCAACCUCAUCUGCGAGAAGAAGACCAUCUCCAUUACUGGCUGCCUCCUGCAGAUGUACUUCUUCCAUUCACUGGGAAAUUCCGAGGGGCUUUUGUUGACCACCAUGGCCGUUGACAGGUACAUUGCCAUCUGCAACCCUCUCCGCUACCCGACAAUUAUGACCCCCCAGCUGUGUGCUCAGCUCUCUGCAGGCUCCUGCAUCUUUGGCUUUCUUGUGUUGCUCCCAGAGAUUGUUUGGAUUUCCACACUGCCUUUCUGCGGGCCCAACCAAAUCCAUCAGAUAUUUUGUGACUUUGAACCUGUACUGCGCUUGGCUUGUACAGACACGUCCAUGAUCCUGCUUGAGGAUGUGAUCCAUGCUGCGGCCAUCAUCUUCUCUGUCCUGGUUAUCGCUGUCUCUUAUGUCAGAAUCAUCACCGUGACCCUGAGGAUCCCGUCUGCCGAAGGCCGCCGGAAGGCCUUCUCUACCUGCGCGUCUCAUCUUGGUAUCUUUUUGAUGUUCUAUGGCAGCGUGUCCCUCAUGUACCUGCGCUUCUCCACCACUUUCCCACCAACUUUGGACACAGUCAUUGCACUGAUGUUUGCCAUUCUUGCUCCCUUUUUCAACCCUAUCAUCUAUAGCUUGAGAAACAAAGACAUGAAGAUUGCGAUUAAGAAGCUUCUCUGCCUUCAGAAGGUGUUUAAUGCACCUGCAAGUUGA